AUGCAGUUUCUGAAGAAAUCCCUUCCAAGCCUCGACUUCAACGAUUCUAAAGGGCGCGGUGUUCUAGCCUGGGCGAUUGUCAAAAAGAACCUGUCAGUUGUGACUUGGCUGAUAGAGAACGGCGCCAGCAUCAACGCAAAGGAUGGCUACAAGAUGACACCUUUAAAUUGGGCUUGCUCGGAAAACUUCUUACCAGCUGUCCGGCUCUUACUUCACUGGGGCGCGCAUACCGAAGACAUGGACCAGGAUGGUCGAAGGCCUUUGCACGUUGCCAUUCGAAAAGACAACCUUUUGCUCGCACAGUGGCUGUUGGAUCGUGGAGCAGGUAUUGAAGCCAAGACGGAAAAUGACGAAACGCCACUGGAGCUUGCGGUCUCGGGAAAGUCCAUGGCAUUGAUAAACCUGCUCCUCGAUCGAGGCGCAGAUCUCGAAGCACCGGGUUCGCACAAGAAGUGGACACCCUUGCAUUAUGCAGCAGCUUAUGGGUGUACUGAGGCUGUGGAAUUGCUCCUCAGGGAAGGGGCAGACGCCACGGCCAAGAGCUCGUCAGAUGUUACUCCGUUGAUGAGUGCAGCC